AUGUCGAUCAUCAAGCCCAUUGGAGAUCCAAAAAUUUUAGACAAGAAACCUCCUCAAAGUGUCUCAUACAAAGAUGUUAAAUCUUCCAUUGACACUGGAAUGGUAAAAAGAAAAUCCGAUGAAAAUGACAGUAAAUUAUUUAAAAAAGUGGAAAAUUUCAAAAGAAUCAAAUCUACAGAGUUAAUGAAAUUAAUUUUGCUCAAAAUGAACAUUAAUAAGGAAGAUCAUGAGGAUCAAGAAAAGCUAAUCUCAGAUUCGCCAAAACAUUCCGUAUAUUCAUCUCAAGCAUUCAGUUGUAUUUCCGAGGCAAAAACUGCUGUUCAUCAAACGGAUCCAAUUCUGAUAAGAUCAAGAUUACGAGAAGAUGUUUCAGAUGCUGAUAAUUUAGUACUUGUCCUGGACGUGAGGGAUCCAGAUGAUUUUGCAAAGUGUCAUUUACAAACCGCAUAUAGUUACCCAGCAGCGACUGUGAACAGGACGGUGAAUCCUUUCACAUUUGAAAUGCUGUCGUUUAAAAACCAUCCUCAAAAGAAAAUAGUAGUGUACGAUAGAGAUGAAAAAAUAGCUUGCCCUGUUGCCAACUUGUUAUUUGAAAAGGGCUUUGAUAACAUUGUAGUACUGACGGGAGGGCUACAAGAGUUUUUCCAAAAGCAUCCAAACUUAAUAGUUGGAGAAGUGCCAAAGGAUUGGAUACCAGCUCAACCAAAAAAGAAGCGUUUGCAAUCAGCUUCCUCUGUUUCCAGUAAAUCGACGCAGAGCAAGCCAGCAGUCUCAAAAAAGCCUCCCACCACAGCCAUAAACACUCCCAAAGUAUGGAAAUAG